CAAAUUAAUUUCUUGUUGUGAAUAAAUUUUUCCUCAAACCAUCUCUGAUGAUACAAUUAUUUUACCGAGUUUUUCAGUAUAAUUCAACUUCAACGAUGUUUCAUCAUUGUCACCAAUGUGAUUGUUAUUCUAAUCAUGAGGAUGAUCAGCAUCAUCCAAUACAUCUAGUACAUCAACAGAGCUUUACCGAACAUUCAAGGUCUAUCUUGUAAUCAGAGUUGUUUGAUUAUGAACUACUUUUGAUUUCUCUCUUCUUUCCAUCUCUUUUUUUCAAUUUACUGACUUGUUCACGUUUGUUAACGGGCAAGAUAAAAUUGAUACUAAGGAGCACAAAGAGAGAGAUCAAGUUUAUCGUCAAUUUGUUCCUCUAUCUGUUGACUAUGAACAUCAGUUUGGAAAAUGUUUCCACUUCAACUCUGGAUCCUUCCUCGGUUAAUACGAUAUGGUGGCUAUCACUGUCUGCUGCAGCAACAGUUGGUCUCGUCGGAGUGAUUCCCAUAUUUUUCAUUUCUCACAUACCUCAUGGUAAUCAAGGAUCAAAUGGAAAAUUGCGGUUGAUGUUGAGCUUUUCAGUUGGUGGUUUACUUGGCGAUGUUUUCCUUCACUUGCUUCCAGAAGCUUGGACUUAUGUUCAUAAAGCAGGUUCAUCCAUCGAAACCCAUACAACCCUUGGCCUGUGGGUAGUCUCUGGUAUAUCAACUUUUCUUGCCAUUGAAAUGAUAUUUGUCUUGACUUCUACAGAAUCUGAGAAUGACGACAAAAGUGAAAAAAUUGUUCAAAAAUCAACUUCUCAGGUGUUUACCAAUUCUUCCAAGAAUAAAGAUAAGGAUAAAUGUUUCGUUAAUGAGAAGAAGAAGGAGAAUAUCGCUCCACAAGCUUCAUCGAGCGUCUCAGUGACUGGAUAUUUAAGUGUUUUCGCCAAUGGUGUUGAUAAUUUUACUCAUGGAUUAGCUAUUGCAGCAAGUUUCUCGGCUGGCUUACAGAUUGGAAUUUUAACCACAAUAGCAAUCUUAAUACAUGAAGUGCCCCAUGAAUUUGGUGAUUUCGCCAUUCUAAUGAACUCUGGAUUUUCGAGAUGGAAGGCUAUUCAAGCUCAAAUAAUUACCGCUGCUGUAGCUAUGUUGGGUGCUUUGGUUGCUCUGUUAGCAGAAACAAAUGCCAGUGAAGUUGGACAGCGCACUCAAUGGAUAUUACCUUAUUCAGCUGGAUGCUUCCUUUACAUUGCUAUGAGCAACAUAUUACCUGACAUAAUGAAAGAGGACAAUCCAAAAGAAUCGGUUAAACAAUUGAUUUGUAUUACAAUUGGAGUCCUUAUUAUGGGUCUAGUCAAUCAAAUUGGGAACAUUUCAUUGAUAUCCUUUUUAUAAAUAUAAAAAGACACAUUUUAUUUUCAAUUUUAACUUAAUUUACCUGAGCAUCGAAGGACAAACCUUGUGACAAACAAAGACUUGUUACAAUCACAAGCGUUAAUGAAAAUAUUGUGAUCUAUCAUUAAAUACUUGUGUAUAUCAAUUUUCCAAUUGUACAUUUAUAUUAAAUUACAAUUUAAAUUAUCUGUUUUGGUUGCAACAUUUCUUGACAAUCUAUUAUAAUUUUCACCUAAUUGUCUUCAAAAUACGCAGAGACGAAAUAUGACUAAUCUGCAAAUUAAAUUGUCUUUAUGAUGAGAUUUUGGCACAUUUAUGCUUCACGCAAUCAAACAUUUUCACUGUACAAAGGUAAGAAUCAAGAGUUGAAUGACUAGCAAAAAAUUAACUGCAUUAUCUGAAAAUGUUUAAGAUUCAUGUGUUAUAUCAUUAUGUUUCGAGUGUAUGAAAUCCGGUAAUGCUGAUAUCAGUUUGACAGCAAAAUAUCUAAAUUUUGAUGAUUUAACUUUAAAUUAAAUUUACAGCAUCAGCUUAGUUAAUCGACAUCAUGACCAGUCACGUUCAACUGAUUUGGAGCUGAAAUAACUACAAAAAUUGGAUCUCAUUUCAAUCUGGUUGAAUUGAGACAGAAUAGUAAAUAGAUGUUAAUCAUUGAGAUUAAUGUGCGCGGUGAAUUAACAGUUAAGAGUAAGACCUAUGAUGAUAAUAGCGAAUUACUCUUGUUGAAUGGUAAUCAAGAUAAUCAAUCUUUUUUUUCCUUUCCUUCAGUCAAUUGCUCAGUCUUGGAUCAAUCUUACUCAUUGUUGAGAUAACAAUUUGUUAUUAGGUUCUUCCUGUUGCAAUAAAAUCAUCCCUUUUUUAGGUUAUUUAUACGCAAAUCAAAUCAACAACCAAAGGAAAUCAUCAACAUCCAGUUACACAGUUAACAUCAACGGUCAGUGUUUCGUCUUGAUUUAGUUAAGUGUUCAGUGUUAUCCAAUUGUUAUCAUCAAUGGUUGCCAUUUUGAAAAAUGUCGAUGGUGAAGAGUUGACAAUGGUGAACACUUUGUUGACUCUGAAGGAACUGCAACGAAUACCUAAAACAGGUUGGGGAAUAAAGGAUAAAGAAGUUGAAAUUGAACGUAAAGGUGUUGAUUUGUAUUCAAUUAAAAUGUAUCCACUUAAUGUACUCAAUGGAUUGAAAGGUCAUUUCACGAAAGAUAUGACAGUUUCAAGUGUCUAUGAACCGGAGAGCAAGAAAAUUAUCACAACUUGGACAGUCUGGUAAUUAUUUCAAUUGUAGAAAUGAAAAGACAAUUAAAAAUGUUUAAAUCUUU